UUCGUUUCGAUGGGACGUUUUUCAUUUUUUUCCAACGAACAACCAACCACGCUUGAAGCAGAGACGACAAUCAACUCCUGAACACCUUGGAAUUGGAUAAGAAUUGGACAUUAUUGGGCAAUUGGACAGAAUUAUUAAAAACAGAGAACGACUGACCAAGACAAUCUUGGAAAAGUAUACGGUUUCUGAGCAGAACUUUGUGGCGUACAUGAAACUCUUCAAUUAACAAUUCUAAUUUUCACUAUGGAAGAGGAGAUCAUUACAAACAUAACCUGCACAGUUUGUGGUGAAACAGACUUCGAACAGCGUGAGGGUUUUUACUAUUGCCGAGAAUGUGGUACCAAACAGGAGCAAGUGCGUCAAGUAGAGGUGGAAAAUGAUGAUGAUGCUUUCAAUGAAACAACGACCACAAAACAUACAAAAACCUUGAAAAUCAAUGUGGUCAAGGCAGAGAAACCUCAACUUACCUCCUGGGAAUGUUACAAUUACAUUUUACGAGGCUAUGUCGAGGAAUUACUUUCGUAUGGUGCAAAAGAGGAACUCAAACUUAUGGCCCUACAGGUAUGGGCAGCCUAUCUAAGGCGCAUGGAAGUGGCCUUCUUUAAUAAGAAACAUGCCGAUUUGCCCCGGCUGGGAGUACGUUAUCUUGCAAAUGAUGCAGAGACAAUUUACAAUCAUGCCAAGCAGCGUAAGAAACGGAAACGUAGCAGUACAAAAAAAAACGAUACGAGUGUUACCAGUGGCGGUGAAGAAAUGAGCACAAGGAGUUGGAGACAAACAAAGAGAAAACUCAAUGAAUCCAUUUAUUCCAGCGCUACAUCGAUGAGUUCUACCUCUGCAAACACCAAUAAGGCAAUAAGACUGAAUUUCAGCAUGAAAGCAAGAAAAAUUCUGAAAAAGAAAAUGCCGGUGAAACAUUUGCUGCGCCAUGAAAUGGACAGCGAAGGCCAAUUGGAGUGUCAUAGUCAGCCCAAAGUUAAGGAGCUUAAAUAUCAGGAAUAUUCCGUCAUGGUGAUGAGCAUUAAACAAAUCUACAGCAUUUUAGCUAUAGCCCUAAAUUUGAUCGGUGACGAUAUGCAAUUAACAGAUCUGUUGCGUUUUAUUGAAGAAGGUCGCAUUGGUCGGAAGAAUAUCUUACAAUAUUUUCCAGAAAAUAUCGUUGCAGGUGGUAAAGGACUGUUGAAGAAAAUUAAUUUCUAUAAAUUUCCAGAGAAAUAUAAAGAAAAGGGGUUUCGGUUUCACACAACCUUGUUUGCCAAAAAUAUUGGCAUAAAACGAUUCCAGACACCGGACAUGAUUGCUUUGGUCCAAAGAUAUGUAACAGAGUUGUGUUUGCCUCAAGAUAUAGGGAUAUACGCCGAGCGUUUAAUUAAUUUUUUGCCACCACAAUUUGCAACACGUACUGCCUGCUACCCAGCAUACGAAGCCAGAGCAAUGGCCUAUAUAAUUUUCAUAUUGAAACUGUUUUUUGGUCUUGAUGGUCAAAAAGAAAAACGCAUUUCACAGGCUGCCAAAAAACUCAAUCUCAAGAUUCAGGAACUUAAUCACAGAAAUCGCCAAAAUCGACCCAAGCUCUUCGUUUGGGAUGAAUGGGUAAAAUAUAUAGAAAUGCGCAAAAUCAUUGUGUCGCGAUUCAAUACAAGUUUCGCUAAACAAUUCGAUCAGUGUCAAAGUACCGAACAACUGCUGAAUGAAAUGGAAGAGAAUAUAGACCAUGAAGAGGAACAGGAUCGAUUAAGUGACGAAAAGGAAAAAUAUCCAAUGUGUAAACAAAAAAUGGAGAGUUUCAAAAAAUUGUUUGAAUCGUUUUUGCAAAAUUAUAAAGAGACCAUGAAUACACCAAAAGCGACAUCAGAUUUCUUAACGGAACACAAGAUUGAAUUCAAACCAACACUCACCCCGGCCCAUUCAUAUUUCAAAACCAUUUUACUGCAUUACGAUAACUACAUGUCCUCGUCAAAUGUUGCACCCACAUCCAACAGUUUUCAAAUACCCUAUUUUAUGCGUACAGAUCACUCACAACGUGACAUAAACUCGUAUGUAGAAGUGAAGCCUUUAAUAGAAUAUUUUCAAAAUAAUCACAAAGAGUUGAGAGUCAUCAGAUUAGAGGCUAAUCCAAAUCGUGAACGUGUUGGCAUUUUUAAAGUUCCCAAACAAAUAUAUCGACGUUGUCGUAAACAAAUGGCAUGUUUCGACGUAUCGGACGCUGAUUGGAAGCAAAAAACUAAAGAAGAACUUAAAGUGCACACAGAUGAUCUGAAUUGGAAAACAGAAUUUGAAAGUUAUCAGGAGUCAGUUUUAAAGCGAAUUGAGGAAUACAAUAAUAGUCUUGCGAUACAGCAGAGUAUGGACCAGAGAGAAGAAGCAAUUGCUAGUUUUGAAAAUACUUCACGAGUACACAAUAAUGUAUCUUACAUCAAAACAAACAUUUCCGAUCAACAUAACAGUUUUUCCGAGAUUCGAAGCUCCCACGAUGUGUUCAGCGAAAAUAAUAUGGAUCCCUUGCCGGCAGACAGUGACAUUGCAACACCACGUAGAAAUUUGGGUAUCAUAGAUAUUUUUGCCAAUAUUGAAGAUGAAGAGGCAUUGUACUACAACAACGACCCAGAUAGCAGCCAACAGGAAACUACAGAUCCAAUUGACUCAUCAACAACUGAUAUUCAUAUUAAAAGUGAAUUUAUUCCGGAAAAUAAUGCCGACGAUCUUCCAGAAAUACUUAAAUUCUAUGUUUCAAAUAUGGACUGUUGGCUGUUGUUUGGUAAUAUUCUAAUGUUAACAAAAGGCCAAUUGGCUCAGUUGAAAAAUAAAAUUCCCUUGUCAUGUAUGUGGCUGCUAGAGACAUGUGCCCAAACAUUGGGCAUGGAAUGGUCCAAGGUGUACGAGCAGCUAUUAGUUCUGGAAAUGAUGUUUUGCUUGGGCAUCAAUGACUUGGAAAGUGUCAAGGAUUGUGUAUAUCUAAAAUAUAAAUAUCCCAUAAAAGAUUAUCAGGUGGUAAUAACAGCACAUCGUGAUAUUUGGUGAAUUUUUAGUUUUAAGAAUUUAACGUUAUACGUUUUACAUUGUUUUUGUAUGUAUAAAACAUUUUGUUGAUACAAAUAUACAGACAGAUACUGAUACAUGUGCCAUGUAGUACUGAUAA